AUUCAACAUUCGCCAUCACAACACAAUUCUAUAACAAACACCCUCAUACAGGAACAAACAUAUAAAAAGGACAAAAUGGUUCUCCCCGGUCGCCGCUCUCGGCCAAAUCAACGCGUUUCUCCUCCGCCGUCAUCGUCUGAAAAACCAGAUACAUCAUCAGUAUUAGCGCAGGGGAGUACUAAUAUCCCAGGAGCAUCGGAUACAUCCCCGGCUGUACCUGCAGAAACAAUAUACAAACUCCUCGCAUUCACAUUUGCCAUGAUCUGCGGCCCACUCGGGGCCUACUUUUUGAGUAUCAAGACUUUUUUCAGCGGAAACUCGACUCUUGCCGGAGCUCUGGCUGCUCUAACUGCUAAUGUGGUCCUGGUCGCAUAUGUGAUUGUAGCCUGGCAAGAGGAUAAGGAAGAUCAAGCGAAGCAAAAGGAGAAGAAGGGCCAGUAA